UGGGCGUGGCUUUAGAGUGAAGCUUACUUGUUGCUUCACUGGAUUAGGUGAAACUUUUCCAGCGAAACAGUAACGGACCUUUGACACAUUGAAACUUCUCGUUGGGCCGGACAGCUCGCGCGUCCUGCUGACUUUUCAGUUCCAACUGAAACGAGUUGGGUUUUGACAGAAAUGUCUCUGGCAGAGCAAAGCCAGCAGUGGUUUCCCACCAGCGUCCAGGUGACGGUGCUCCAGGCGAGGGGUUUGCGGAGCAAGGGGAAGAAUGGUACCAACGACGCGUACGCCAUCAUGCAGGUGGCCAAGGAGAAGUUCUCCACCUCGGUGGCGGAGAAAAGCGUCGCGCCGGUGUGGAAAGAGGAGGCCGCGUUCGACCUGCCGCUCUUUCACCCCAGUAACGCGGAGCGCUGCACCCUACAGGUGUGUGUGAUGCACCGGGCUCUGGUGGGACCUGAUAAAAUGCUCGGACAGGCGACCAUCAAGCUCCUGGAACUCCAAGACAAUAAAUCCCGUGACAAAACUGAAUGGUUCAAAUUGAUGGGCAAGACGGGGAAGGCUGACAAAGACAGGGGUGAGGUGCUUCUAGACAUUCAGUUCAUGAAGAACAACUUGACGGCCAGCAUGUACGACCUCUCUGGGCAGGACAAGUCGCGCUCACGGCUUGGCAAGAUCAAGGAUAAGCUGAAAGGGAAAAAGAAAGAAGGGAUGUCGGAUUCUGCUUCUGCCAUUGUGCCUUCAGUCGGCCAGGUACUGACUGACAGCGAGGGAGAAGAACCACCUGACACCACAUCCGGAGCCAAAAAGAAGAAUAAACUCAAGUCCCUCUUCGCACCCAAGCCGGGUUUGCACCGUAACAUUUCCCAGUCCAUGUCCACACUCGCCACCCUGCCUGAAAAAGACUCAGCCAUCAGUCUGAGCAGAUCGUCUGGCCUAAAUAUAGAGUCUCCUGAAGGAAAAAAGAAAUUCAAAUUUCUGAAGCACAAGCGGACCGGAAGCUCUGACAGCAAGGUUUCCCAAGGUACCGGGUCUCUUGGACAAGGCAUGGCGCAGAGCAGCGUGUGCAUCAACGGCAGUCACGUCUACACAGAAGAGCCAGAGACCAGAGGAUCCAGGGCCGGUUCCACCUUCAGCCUGAACAGCUCCGGCCACGGAUCCAUGGAGGACCUGCGCAGAGGUCAUGACAGGAAAACCUCCAGCACCUCAAUGGACUCCUCGGACCAAACUCAAGAGAAUGCAGUGGAAGAAAUGCACAGAAGACAAGAGGAACAGAGGAAACAGGAAGAGGAAGUCAGGAAAAGACUAGAGGAGGAAAGAAGACAGGCUGAAGAGGAGCAGAGGAAACAGAUUGAGAGAGAACAGGAAGAUGAGAGGAAACGGUUGGAAAGAGAGGAAGAGAAGAGAAAGCUAGAGAAACUGGAAGAGGAGAGGAAAAGGAUUGAAAGAGAGGAAGAAAGAAAGAGGAUAGAGAAGGAAGAAGAACGAAAAUGGAUUGAAAGAGAGGAGGAAAGAAAAAGAAUAGAGAGAGAAGAGGAGAGGAAACUGCUUGAGAGGGAGGAAAGAAAGAGGAUAGAGAGGGAAGAGGAGAGGAAGCAGGUGGAGAGAGAGGAAGAGAAGAGGAAGCUAGAGAAACAGGAAGAGGAAAGAGAAAGAAAAAGGAUUGAGCAGGAGGAAACGAUCAGAAUAAAGAAGGAACAGGAACGAGUUAGACAGGAAGAGGAAAGAAGGAAAGCUGAGGAGGAGAGGAUCAAAGAGGAGAAAAGGAAGAGAAUGGAGGAAGAGGAGAGAAUGAGACUUGAGAAUGAAAAGUUGCAGAAAGAAGAGGAGACAAGAAAUUUGGAGAUGGACAGAAGACAUGCUGAAGAAGAGGAAAGACUACUGAAGGAAAAGGAAAAGAUGGAAGCAGAGGAGAAGAGGAAAAGGAAAGAGGAAGAAGAGAGACGACUGUCUGAGAUUGAAAGAAAAGAGCAAGAAAGGGUGCAACAGGAAAAAGAGAAGUUGGAGCUUGCGAACAAGAGAAUAGAAGAAAGGAUGAGAGAGGAGCAGGCGAGAAGAAAGGCUGAGGAAGAGGAGGAGAAGAGGAAGCUAAAAGAGAAAGCAGACCAGGAGAGAGUCAGGCAAGAGAAAGAAGAAAUGGAAAGACAGAAGCAAGAGAAAGAACUGCGGCCUGAGGCGAAACCCAGGAGUGCUCGUCUGAAUACGAGUAAAAAAGCAUCUAACGAGAAUAACUCGGACCACAUCCUAUCCACCGAUCCCUUUGAAGACCCUCUCUUAUUCGAUGAGAGCUCCACCAAUCCCUUCGAGCAACCCACCAUUUCUCAACCUGAAGCCCUCAGUCGAUCCACCAAAGUCUCUGCAGUCAAGCCAAGUUCUUCUGUUUCUGGAAUCUUCUUUUCGCAAGCAUCUGUGCCAAACACCAACCCAUUCUUAGAUGACUCUGAUGUUCAUGGCGAAAACACUGAGAAAGUUGUCCAUCUCGGAGACACCGCAGAAAGGUCAGAGAAGAAACGAUGUGCCCCAAUGCCUCCCCAGAACAAGACGCAGAUGGGAAAACCAGAUGCCCCUCCAAAAGCACCAGCGAUUCGUGAAGCCACACAAGAUUUUCCAUCUAGAGCAUCUGAGGAUGGUGGAGACUCUGAUUCCUGUAGUUUACGAAGGGACAAACGCCCUGCCCCUUUACCACCAAAGAACAAGCCAGAAGUGCAAAACCAACAUGCAGACCAAUCUACCACUCCUCUUCAUACUGGUGAAUGGAGAACUACUAGAUUCCAGGAAAUAGACCAGACUAACAAAGUGUGCCUGGUUUUGCAAGAUGAGUCAAGGACCUCUGAUGCAGCCAAUUUUGUGAACACCAGUUUAUCACAUCUUAUCCAGGCUCAUCCCAGUAACAGACAAGAAACCAACCCUUUCAUAUCUACCGAGGUCAAAACAACUAAACACAAGAGUCCAGCUCCAAAGCCUUCAUUACUGUCAAAAUCUUGCAAGACAUCUGCAUCUGAAACUGAACCCAACAACUUGGCAAUUAGUAAUGUCCAUUUGACUGUACAUGAAACCAGUGCUGCCUCAAACUCUUGCAUUGAUCAAGUAGAUGAGUCGACUGACAAGCUUGAUGAUCUUCCUGCAGAUGAAGAGCCUUCUACCAAACCCGAGCACCCUGAAGACCUUUUCUCACGAGAAAGUAAACGCAAUGAUUUACCAGAAAAGUCUAAACUAGACUAUCUUGGAGAAGACAUACCUUCAAUGUCUGAUCCAGUCCUUGGAAAGGUUCUCUGCAAUGUGAAUGAUCCUGAGAAUGCUGAAAAUGUCCUACUUGAGAGUGGCGUUUCCAAAAAGAAGAGUCGGGCCCCGUUGCCUCCUGCCAAAUCAGCAUCCAGACAGCAACCAGAAGCUGCACUGAUCUCAGCCAGUCAACCCAGCAUAAAAGAUCAAGACAAGUCAUUAACUGUUAAUAGUAGCAAGUCAACUUCAUGUUUUACCCCAUCCCUGGUAAACUCAUCUUCAAACUCCAGGCAAGAUCUCGCUCCUUUGAGCCCGGAAGCAGGUCAUGGGUCAGAGCACCAGUCUCUCCCACAAGCCAGAGUGUCACCUAUUGAUGUCCAACCCAUCGCUGGGCAGAAAAAUGGGAGUGACAGCGAGAGAACAGGUGAUCCUGCCUUCAAACCCUGCAGGCCCCAUGCAGUGAAACCCCUGAGCACCGCUGACAAGCAGCCAGACCUCAGAGAGACCCAAGACACUUCCAGAUCUGCUAAAAUUACAGAUGAUAUGCAAGUUAAGAUGAAGGCCCCAGAGGCAAAAGGGACGGGGCCGUACUCCCAGCUAACCCAUGAAGAACUCAUUAACUUGUUGGAAAAGCAGAAGCAGCAGCUUUCUCAGAAGGACGCUAAGAUUGGGGAACUGGAGCAGUAUAUAGACAAUCUUCUGGUCCGUGUCAUGGAGGAUAGCCCCAACAUCUUAAUGUCCUUGAGCUUGAUGAAGAAGUCCGUUUGAGCACUUUUGUAGCAGAGUUUUGUGUUUAAUGUGCACUGUAAUCACAAAUAUGGGGUGAACAACAGUACAUGGUUGUGGGUAAAUCACAGAGGUUUUCACUAAAUCCAGUAAGUAACUGCAGACACUAGUGAGCUGAAGAUCAGGGUGGACACUUGACGUCUCUGGCUGAAUGUUGACGACAUGACAUGAAUAUUUGUUAUUCAGAUCCACCUAACCAUGUUACUGAUUUAGUCUUGUACAUGUUGAAAUCAUAUGUUAAGUAUUUUCUCCAAAGGUUUUUACUGUCCACCUUUUCUAUUUGAAUUGCUAAUAUUAUUUGAUUAGUAUUAUAUAUUAUAAAUACCAUCUAUUAAAUGUUUUGGUCAAAGCGUUCAAUGGACACAACCCACACAUUAAAUAAGUAAACAAAAUAGCACUACAUACAUUCUUGAAAAAUGAUUUAUAUAAAUUAGAAAGCUUUAUGUUAUUUUGUAGACAGAUCUCUGUAUUGAUACGUUGUUUUCUUUUCAAUGAAGCACUUUAAAAGAAUCAGUUCAUCUGUAAAUAAUGAACAUGUGAUCUUUUGUACUUUAUACCUUUUGUCAUGUAAGCUGACAGCUUUAUUAUUCUUUGCUUUUGAAAUAAAGAAUGUCACAAGUGUGGCUUUGUAAAGAGCUGCGUCACAAGAUGUCUGUGUGCAUUUUUAAGAAUACAAGUUAAGCUUUAAAUGAUUAUUAUCAUACACACAAUUGAGGGAAUGUCAGAUGCUGUAAUGGCCCAUAGCAAAUACGUAGGCUGUCUACACAGGACUCCUGACAAUGUUUACAUGCUGCUGUACCUGUGGGAUUGAGGAAUGCUUGAAAAAACAUUGAAAUUGACCAUAGUGUCCAUAAUUUCUUGUAACUUGGUGAUUAUAGCCUUCGCUGCCAUUUAU